AUGGCUGUUGAUGAGACCAGUGAUGGUGACGACGAAGCAAGUGGUCAUGUCCAGAAUUCACCCCCGCGAACGGGCCUCAGCUUUCUACGAACCCCCGCCUUGAAGCUUCCCGUUCCGCAGCCUGUAGUUGAUUCUACCGAGAAUGAAACCCGUGUGGAUGAAUCGGGCCGUGACCUGCGCUCACCUGAACUUUGCACUACAACGACCGAACCUACUCUUCCAGAGGCGACGGCUCCUGUAACGGAGAUCGACGCUGCGGUUGACGACUCCGCGACCAAGAAGCGCAAGGAUUCAAGCGGUGGCAGUGCUAAGCAGUGGUGGCGACAACCGAACCUCUUUUCGAAGCGAGCCGCACGUCCAACCAUACGAGUGGAGGACCGGGGGAGUGAUGACGAGGAGGAAGAGGACGACCUGCCGACUGUAGAAGAGAUGGCCCGUUACCCCGAAGUCGCUUUCGCUAUGGCGCACAAGCGAUUUAAAACGUCAUGGGAAUCCUCGUUUCCGUGGCUUAUUCUAACUCGUGACGACGUUGGCUUCCCUAUUUUGAGAUGCAGCACGUGCUUGGAGCAUGGAGCGGAAGGCGCGAAAACGGCAUACGGCAAGGGAGGCAGUGGAGGGCGUGACAUGCAAAAGGCCAGCAUCCGGACGCACCAGCGCUCCACCGCACACCAGGACGCUCACGGCGAGAUGAAGGCGAAGGAGAGCCGGAAGCUUCGACAGGCGUUGCUGAGCGAGUUCGAGGGAUUGGAUAGGAGCACGCUUCACAUCAUCACCGCGCUCAAGACCACCGUGUACAUCUGCAAGUCGGAGGCGCCAAUCACCUCCUACGUGGGCACUAUCAAGUUCAUGGCCGACCUCGGAGUAGACAUCACGGUGGUCGCAGGGGAGGUGUCGCUCGCUUGCAGGACGAUCGAAGUGCGUUACGUGGACUGCGAGGAUCGAUUCGGCAACGAGCAAUCGCCCUUGCUCUGUGCGUUCUUGAAGAAGCAUGGCAACCCCGACCACCGCGAGGUCACCGUCAAAGGCGUGGACCAGAAUGGCGAUGCUGCUGAGCACAAGUUCGUGCUUCAUGAGCGCAAGAUCCCUGGGCAUACGACUGGCGGUGACUACUACUCCUGCAAGGCGGUGUGCCAGGAGUUUGCAAAGGCCUGCGUUGAGCGACUCGAGUUCCGCCUUGAAGACCUGAACGACCUGGCCGGGUCCAAGCUUUUCCGGCCUUCGUGCUAUCCCGACGACAACGCGCAGCGGAUGAAGAAGUGCCGCGAGUGGUUGGGCAUGUUGGACCACAUGUUUCACCGCCGCCUCCCUGGUACGCCACCUAGUUGA